UCUCACUGUUUAUACGGCACACUUCCGCAGUAAGAGAGAAGGUGAAGAUGCCCCACUGAUAAAAUCCCCAAGAUAUGACAUCAACAUUAUAAGUUGUAGCACUAUCCACAGUGCAGCAUGGAGAGAUUCUGCAUAAGUUGUAUGCAGAGAAUUGUUGUCUAUGAAACUAAAGCUCGUUAUUAUGUUGUUGGUUCCAACAAUACUGAAAGCAGGUUCAGAGUUCUUAAAAUAGACCGCCAGGAGAGCAGGGACCUGGUCUUACAUGAUGAUGGGCUGGAAUACACCCACAGAGAAAUUCGCAACUUACUUCAUAUGAUAGACUCUGGUAACCGACCAAAAGAGGGCAGCAAGGGAGUGGUGGCUGGUCUGCACCGAGCUGUGUCAGCAUUUGGAAUUGUAGGCUUUGUUAGAUUUCUGGAGGGCUAUUACAUGGUUCUCAUCACCAAGAGGAGGAAGGUUGCAAUUAUUGGACACCACACGAUUUAUAAGAUAGAAGAUACCAGCAUGGUUUACAUUCCUAAUGAAAGACCUUCGCAUCCUGACGAAUCAAAGUAUGUGAAGAUGUUCCAGGCUAAUGAUUUGUCCAGUAACUUUUAUUUUAGUUACAGCUAUGAUCUUACACACACCCUCCAGUACAACCUGACGCCAAGCAAAAACCUAGAGAACCACUUUAUGCAAGAAAACAUUGAGGAGAAGGAGAGGAAGUUUUCUGUGCUCAAGCCAAGCAAAUAUGUUCCCGAGUCUACAGGUGAAGAGGUAGAAGAUGCAGACACGUAUGUCCCUGAUGUACAGGAGUUAGAGAUAGGUGACACCUCGGAUGACUGCACAUCUGGUGAGGAUGGUGACGCAAACGGGGACAGUGCCAGAAAAAAGGAGGAAAAUAACAACAAGACUGCUUCAUCACAAGUGGAAGAUGAUUUGGUUUAUGGAGUAAGAAAUGAACCAGAGGACAAGUAUGUAUGGAACAGCUACCUCCUGAAAGACUUCAAGACUCAAGCAAAUUCAGACUGGAUUUUGUAUUUAAUCCAUGGUUUCAUUGGACAGAUGGAUGUGAUAGUGUAUGGUCGUAAUAUCUAUCUGACAGUGAUUGCUAGGAGAUCUACCAGAAUGGCAGGGACCAGGUUCUUGAAAAGAGGAGUUAAUUGUAUGGGUGAAGUUGCCAAUGAGGUAGAGACCGAGCAAAUUGUGCAUGAUUCCACAAUUUUAGACCUAAGAAGAGCCAGGAUAUCUUCCUUUGUGCAAUUGCGAGGUUCCAUUCCACUUUUCUGGUCACAUGAUCUAUCCAAGGUCAUGCCAAAGCCCCCUAUUCAGAUUGACCACACUGACCCCUAUGGCACAGCACCAGGUCAACACUUUAAUAAGUUACUGAGGCGAUAUGGGGCCCCAAUUAUUAUCCUUAACCUUGUCAAGACUAGAGAAAACAAAAAACGAGAAAGUUUGAUAAGUGAAGAGUUUAUCAGGGUUAUCAAAUACCUGAAUCAGUUCCUGCCACCUGAGCAUGCAAUAGAACACAUAGGAUUUGACAUGGCUAGAGCAAACAAAAAGAAAAAUGCCAAUGUGAUGCAUGAUCUUGGCAAGAUAGCCCAGUGGUGUGUGCGGAAGAAUGGGAUAUUUUCUAGUAAACCAGACUUCCACUGUCACCAGUGGAGCCAGGAUUUCAGGUGGAAGAGUCUCCAGGGAUAUAGAGAUGAACAGGGGAUGCGGCAGACAGGGGUGGUUAGGACCAACUGUGUGGACUGUCUGGACAGAACCAACACAGCACAGUUUGCAAUUGGGAAAUGUGCACUAGCAUAUCAGAUAUCCCUCAAGUGCCGCACCACUUCCUUGCUGGACUUCGUCUCCAACGGCCGCAGCCACAUAUACCUACUGAAACAGUCUAAAUCUAAAGGCAUAGAAGGAAAACAAAUUGUCAUCAGGAGCCACAAGAGUGAUGAAAGAAUUAACUCCUAUUUUGAGUACUACAGGCCAUUUGAAUUGACUAGACUGGAUGACUUGUUUGCUUUUCAUAUGCCUGACUCCAUAAGAAAUUUCAUGCCGAAGACCAACCAGAACUUCAGUCCCUUUGCUGUCAGAGUUGCCCCUUCCAGGAGGUAUGUUUAUAAAAAGAAUUUGGAAUUAGUAUAUUGUACUUUUUUGCUAUCUUGUGGACAGAAUUCAUAUAAUGUUAAUAUUUACAGUUUUGGCAAGAUAAAGUUUAAAAGUUGUGAAAGUUUGAUCUGUGCUACAGCAUCCACAUCUACUACAUUUUUAAGUUUGCACGCUGUGUUUGCUUGGUAUUUGUGUUGUAGGCUUGCUCUGUCUUACCAAAACCGUCAUUCUUCAAAAAACUCAUCCUUGACCAGGCAAGAGUCAUCAGUAUUAAUUCAAAGCACUGCCAUAGAUCCAAACCCAAACAUAUCUGGCAAGGAUUCCACAAUGUCCACACAGUCCUCAGACAGUGAAGAAGACGGUGAAGAAGCCAGUAUAGAGGGAGAUGUAGAGAGCUCAGACUCUGAUGAAAGCAUUGGUAUGGCCAGCAAGUCAAAAUACAUCUCUUUUCAGAGCAUUUUCCCAACAAUGGAAGAAACCUAUGGAGUGGAGAUUACAGACCUGACAAAAACAGACAAGAGCGUUUAUAAAAGGUACGUUCAGAUUGGCGAGAAUGCAUCCAACAAUUUGGAUUACGAGGACGGUGCACGUGCAAGUACAACACUAAUCAGAAGAAGCAUCUUCACAUUGGACAGUUCCAAGGAAGUGACACCACCUUGCAUCAGCAGGUACUCCAGGGAGGUUUACACCAACUGUGUCAGGGUGGGGAAGGAAGGGGCUCAGACCCCUAGUAUAGCAAGCUUGAAGAAGUACCAGGAAUAUGUCAGCUUUCUCUAUCGAUGAUAAAACAAAGAAUUUGUUAGGAACAGUUGUCACUUUCAUGUGUUUGUGGAUGAGGAUGCUAAGGGAGGGCACCUAUUACUAACUAACUAAAUCAGUAUUGGAUUUGAACUGUGAUAGAAAUGCUGCAGUUUACAGGAAUUGCUGCUUAUGGAUCUUAUCAAUCUAAACAGUCUAAGUGCUGCUCGUACAAACAGAGGGGUUCUAACUUUUAUUAAUUUAUAAAGAAACAUUUGAUUAAUUUAUGGUGCUUGUAUUAAAUGUGAAUUUAAUGUGAUAAUGUUGUUUACUUAGAUAUAAACAACAUAAAUGUUAAAUGGAAGUAUUGUAGUUUAAACUGUAAAAUCUAAACAGAAAUAAUAAAAAAAACAUUUCCA